UUGCCGAUUUUAUGCGCUGCUGGGAAACGGUAUCGAUCGCUGGUGGCCAGUUGAGUUUCGCGCGUUGCCCCGUCAAGAUGACUGUGACCUACGGUGUGGAAAAGUGUCCGGCGCGGUUUGAUGAGUACCGGUGCUCGUUGUCCGACAAGUAUCGGGCGUUGGCACUGGAGCAGCUGCGGGAGGAUGACACGCUGCGGGAGCAGGCGCUGGAGGCGAUGCGGGCCUGGAUCGCCAAACAUCCGUACAUCCGGCGGUGCCGGACGGACUCGUUGUUCUUGUUGAGGUUCUUGAGGCAGCGCAAGUUUUCGAUUCCGGUGGCGUGCGAAAUGUUGGAGCGCUACUUGGCCAUGCGUCAGACGUUUCCCCAGUGGUUCCAGAACUUGGACCCGUAUGAGGAGGAUUUGAAGGAGCUCGGUUCGAACGAUGUCUUCCAAGUGCUAGGAUUCGACGAAAAGGGACGCAUCGUGAUCCUGAUCAAGGCCAAGAACUUCAACGUGGAACGGUUCACGCUGAUUCACCUGAUGCGCUAUUUGCACAUGUACGCCGAAAUUAUGGCCAGCGACGAGCGCAUCCAGGUCGCGGGAAUCGUCCUGGUCGUGGACUGCUUCAACACCACCAUGAUGCACUUUACCCUUUUCAACCUGUCCGACAUGAAGAACAUGAUGCCGUACAUUAACCACCUGAUCCCGGUCCGCUGCAAGGAGAUCCACGUGAUUCGACUGCCCAAGAUGAGCGUCACCCUGGUGGAUAUCCUGCUCACCUUCAUCAGUCCCAAGCUGAAGCAACGGUUCUUCUUCCACAAGACGAUGAUCGACGCCAAGAAGCACCUGGACAAGUCGCUGCUGCCAUCGGAGUACAACGGCACGAACGACUCGAUGGAGCUGUCGGAGGCGUACCACAAGAAGGUGUUUGCGGCCCAGGCCGAGCUGGCCCUGCUCGACCAGAUGGAGAUUGACGUGACCAAGUACUCGGCCAUGUGGAACCAGAACCACGUGGCCAGUGCCGCCGGGGGCUGCGGAAAGGCCAGCGAAAUCGACAGCGGGAUGGUGGGCAGCUUUCGGAAGCUGAACAUCGAUUAGAGACCCCGCUUGGAAGUGGGAAGUGUUGUGAUUUUCAUGGUAUUAGCAGUAAGUUUGUGUGUGUUCAGAAUUUUCACAUCAAUCUAGGCUUAGGUAUGAUUAAUUAGGGGCGUUUUUUGAACAAGUUUCGAAAGAGCAUUACGCACAUGCGGUUAGUGAAC